UCCCUCCCCAAGGCGAUGGGGCUGCUCCGCUGCCGAAAGAGCUGCUGCCUCCACUCGAUGAACUACCUUAUCCCCGACCUCAAGUGCAGCAACUUUCACCGACGACGACGACGAGCUCACCAUCAAGCUCCACGCCCUUCUCGGCAACAAGUGGAACAGCACAUCAAGCGCAAGCUCAUGAGCCAGGGCAUCGAUCCGCAGACGCAUCAGCCGGUUAGCGCCGGGACCAGCGUUGCCGCGGCAAGCGAGCUGACCACGACGGCCAGCACUGUCGGCUUCCCAUCCCUGUAGGCGCCGGCGCCGGCGCCGGCGUGAGGGAGCUCGAGGAGG